CUGAGUGAACCCGUAGUUACAGAAAAAAGUUUGAAGUUCGGACCCUUGGUUAAGCCCAAAACAGUUUUCUCUCACAAAAAUCAAAAUCAAACCUUUUUCCUAGAAACCAAACAGAUCUCAAGACUCCCCACAGCAAAUUCGUCAAUGGCUUCAUCAGGAAAAUCGGUGAUCCAAACCCUAAAGCGCUUCAUGAAGAAGCCAUGGGAGUUCACUGGACCACAAACAAGUCCAGAGUAUCUAUCCGCUGUACCCAAGGCAACGGAUUACAGGCUCUUCUGUCCGGCCACAGCUCAAGCUAAGGCCAUCGUACCUACUUCCGAUCCUGAAACCGUGUUUGACAUCAAGUACUUUUCGCGUGACCAGAGACGUAACCGUCCUCCAAUUAGGCGUACUUUCCUCAAUAAAGCUGAUGUUGAGAAGAUGAUGAUGGAGAAGAAGACUUUUGAUGUCGAUGAUUUUCCUCAGCCUUAUUUGACUGCUAAGAUUGAAGAGGAUAUGGAUGCUAUUGGUGGUGGAUACCAGAAAUGAAGACUGUGGUUGGGCCGAAGACUCCGUUGCUGUCAAUAACAGUAGCUGAUGAUGUAUUGCAGUGUCAGCCAAGUGCCAUGCAAAUGUACUCCCUUUGUUUUCAACAUGUUAAGAUUUAUAUUCCUGGAGCAAUUUGGUUUUACAGCAAAAAGUUUCAGCAGCUAAAUAAUUCUGUUCAAUUAUCUUAUGCAGAUUAUGUUCCCUAUCUUUUGUUUGAAAUGUCCAAGCUAGUCAAAUUCUGCAUGUGAUUAGCUAAUAGUCCGAUUCUGAUUUCCCAAAUUAGCAGCUUCGCCUGAUGUCAUACCAUGGACCUCGAAAGAUAUUGAUAUCAAUUUUAGUUGUGGCUUCAAUUACUGUCA